AUACACGGACGAGCGCAACGUGCACCGGGCCCGAGCGUGGUUCUUCCAGAACCGGCGGCGCAUCAUGCUCUACUCGGAACGGUCCCAUUUCUACCACCGCUACAGGAUCCGGGGCAUUCGGGAGGUCAUUUUCUACUCUCUGCCCUGUUACGCACACUUCUAUGCUGAGAUCCUCAACCUGUUAGAAGGGGUGGACAAUGCUUCUUGCUCGGCCAUCUUCACUCGCUUCGAUAACCUCGAGCUGGCCAGGAUUGUGGGAUCCUCAAGAAGCACUAGGAUGCUGCAAUCUCCCAACCACACAUUUAUGUUCUGCUGAUGGCCCAAUUAUGCAGUCAGGAUGUAUCCCUCCCGGCCCGAGCGUCUGUCUGAUUGCGGUUGGGUGAGGUGCUUUUUGAGACAGAAGGGUCAAAUAUCAAUCUGAAGUGGUUGGGUAGGGUAUUAUUGAGCAACCAAGUACGCUUGGGGGACACGCCCCCACGCCAUAGUUUGCUGCUAUACCCCUAGGACAUGUGGUAUGCGUGUGCUGCUGAUGGCCCAACCCAACCACGUCCACGUUCAGCUCAGAUCUCUCUAGUGAACUUCACACAUGCCAAAAUUAUACGGUAAGUCUGAUUUUUCC